GGAAUAAUAAUAUUGGUUGUGUAGGUAAUGUUACAGAGAUUAAGGUUAUUGCAACUUUAGGUGUAAAAACACAAUGACUCAGUAGAGACUAGAUUUCUGUAUUCAGUGAAAGUGAAAGUAAAGCCUGUCGACCGGCCAUAAGGAGGGGGGAGCUUGUAGCCUACAGCCUUGUAGCUGGAGUCUUGUGAAAUGGCUUCCAAGCUGGAAGAGGACCUCUGCUGUCCUGUGUGCACGGAGAUCUACAAGGAUCCCGUCCUCCUGUCCUGUAGUCACAGCCUCUGUAAAGUCUGUCUGCAGACGUUCUGGAAAACCAAAGGAUCAAGAGAGUGUCCAGUUUGCAGGAGAAAGUCAUCAAAGCAAUUUCCUCCCCCAAAUCUGGCUUUAAGGAACCUGUGUGAGACUUACUUGCAAGAGAGUGAUCAUGUGCAUAUACACUGCAAAGACCACAAGAGGAAACUGGAGCUCUUCUGUCAGGAUGAUCAGCAGCUUGUGUGUCUGGUGUGUCGAGACUCAAAACUACACAAAACUCACAACUUCAGUCCUGCUGGAGAAGCAGCCUCUGAGAUGAAGGAGGAGCUCAAGGCCAAACUGCAGCCUCUACAGGAGAAGCUGAAGGAGUUUGAGAAAGCUAAAGUUACCUGUGAUGAAACAGCAGAGUACAUUAAGACUCAAACUCAGAACAUCGAGAAGCAGAUCAAGCAGGAGUUUAAGAAGCUUCACCAGUUUCUACGAGAUGAAGAGGCAGCCAGGAUAGCUGCACUGAGGGAGGAAGAGGAGCAGAAGAGUCAGAUGAUGAAGGAGAAAAUUCAGAAGAUGAGCAGAGAGAUCUCAUCUCUUUCAGACUCAAUCAGAGCCAUAGAAGAGCAGAUGGGAGCUGAUGACAUCACCUUCCUGCAGAACUACAAGAGCACAGUGGAAAGAGCCCAGUGCACACUGCAGGAUCCAGAAAGUGCUUCAGGAGCUCUGAUCAAUGUGGCAAAGCACCUGGGCAACCUGAAGUUCAGAGUCUGGGAGAAGAUGCAGGAGACUGUUCAGUACACUCCUGUGACUCUGGAUCCCAACAUUGCUCACCCACGACUCAUCCUGUCUGAGGAUCUGACCAGUGUGAGAUAUGGUGAUGAGGUGCAGCAGCUUCCUGAUAACCCAGAGAGAUUUGAUUGGUAUUUCAGUGUCCUGGGCUCUGAGGGCUUUAACUCAGGGACUCACUGCUGGGAUGUGGAGGUUGGAGAGAACACACAGUGGAGUGUGGGUGUGAUGACAGAGUCUCACCAGAGGAAGGGACAAUAUGAUAAUGUGAGUGGACAGUGGAAUGUGUGGUAUAAAGAUGGUAAAUAUAGAGCACGUGCUCCACCACAGCCCUCCACUCUCCUCACAGUGAAGCAGAAACUCCAGAGGAUCAGAGUGCAGCUGGACUGGAACAGAGGAAAGCUGUCAUUCUCAAACCCUGAUAAUAACACACACUUACACACUCUCACACACACUUUCACUGAGAGAGUGUUUCCAUACUUUAAUGGAGGUAGACUCUCUCCUCUGAGUAUUGUGAAGGUCUCUGUGUCAGUAGAGCAGCCCAGUUAGAGCAGAAACUGUCUCUGUCUGAACAAGAGCCGACAUGCAGAGAUGGAUGGAGACAUUUGGGUGUUAGUCAUGAGUCACUCACACAGUAACUGCAGUCAAUCUAAUAUCUGACCUGUGAGGCAUCAUCUUCUGGGUAAUUUAGUUCAGAAUGUUCUGAUUCUCCAUGUUGAAUAAAAGAAUUGCUGUUUUGUGCCAUUAUUACUCUGAGACAGUUUGUCUAUGUUUGUAUGUGUGCAUUUUUAUGAUGGUUUCUGUUGUAUGUUUUUCUAUACUGCUGCCACAAGCACAUUACAACUACAGUGAAUCUAAUAUCUGUUCUGGUCGGCUCCUGAAUUUCUGAUAUUCUGUUUAGAAUCCUCUGAAAUAACUGCUGAUUUUAUAUAAUGUAUUCCACUGUGAUGGUUUAUUAUCCAGGUCUGUGUUUCUACACUGCUGCCACAAGCACAUCAAAAU